AUGGCUGAGCUCUUUGACAACGUCAAGUUCGAGAAACCCUCGGGCGAGUUUGGCGAUGAGGUGGUGGCUAGACUGCCCCAUCGGGUCCGCGCCAAGACAUUUGUCGUCACAGGCGCCAGUCCAGAUUCUCUUGCUCUCGCCGCGGUGCAGUCGCUGGUCAAAGGCGGGGCCGGUCGAAUCUUCCUGCUCGGCCGGAGCCAAGGCAAAAUUCAAGCAGCAAUCGAUAGCCUCGGCCAGGUCGACACCGUGCUCGUUCCCAUCAUUGCUGAUCUCACCUCGAUUCGAUCCGUGCAAAAGGGCGGCGAAGAGAUUGUAGCCAAGGCGCAGGACUCUGGCAUCGACUACGUCCUCGCAUCCGCUGGCAUCAUGGCCACUCCAUGGCAGUUGACGCACGAUGGCAUCGAGUCGCAAUUCGGAGUGUGCCACGUCGCUCACUUUGUCCUCACAAAAGUUCUCCUCCAGGCCGCUCAAGAGGCGCACCGACCCGCACCGAGGUUCUCAUACGCCUCUAGCACUGGCUAUCACGGUGGCAAUUUCCGCGGCGACGACUACAAUUUCAAGCAAGGCGCAGAGUACCACCCUUGGGUAGCGUACGGCCAAGCCAAGAGCGCAAACAUCAUCUUGGCUCGCGAGCUGGCAAGGCAGAAAGCCGGGGUGAUGGCUUUCAGCGUCGACCCCGGCAUGGUCAAGACUCGAUUGGCUCGAUCUUUGUCCAAAGAGACGAUGAUCGCUUUCGGCUUUGCGGACGAGAAUGGCGUGCCCAAGAGCACAGGAACGUCCACGUUCGGCUUGGAAUUCAGCACGCACGAGCGAGCGGCUGGACAGAUGCUCUACUCGCUCUUGGAUCCUUCCCUCGAAGCUCAGAACGGCGCAUUCAUCAGCAACGGCAGAGUCCUCGCAGUGGAUGCUGCUCAAACGGAAGAGGUGAGUGUGUUUCUUGUCGACAGUGACGAGCCGCCCUGACUCUUUUUGCGUCAUUCAUCUGUCAGGGCCUGUCUCAAAAGCUUUGGCAAGUCAGCGAAGAUAUCGUCAGUCGUGCCUUGCAAUGA